AUGUUCUCUCGACGCUUCGAGCCGUCUCAGACGAAGAGUGUCUCCAAGUCUGGGAGGCACAGGAGAGCAAGCUCGUCCUUCACCAAGGAAGCUGGCAUCUCGAAGAGGCCUGUUGAGUUGGGACGUCGCCGUGCUGGCACCGUCUCCAACGCUGGUGCAUCCGAGACUACCCUGGGCGGUUUCGUCUCGGCCAUCGUCACCCUUGUCGUCGGCCAGGAGCAGAGGAUUUUCGCCGCCCAUGAGAACAUCCUCAGCGCUUCGCCCUUUUUCCAGAGCGUCCUGAGGAACCAGUUGAUGGACUCGCAGACCAAGAAGAUCUCGCUGCCCGACGAAGAGCCCGAAGUCUUCUCAUCCAUUCUCGAAUACCUCUACAAGGGAGACUACUACCCGCGGCUGGUGUUCAACAAGAAGAGGAACUCGUGGGAGCUGGAAGAGGCUGGCGAGGAUGGCCGCUCCGAGGCCACCAUCUACCACCACAGCGUCGAGGGCGAGUUGCUCAAGGACACGGCCAUCUACUGCGCUGCCGAAAAGUACGGUCUCGAGGAGCUGAAGCGCAUCUCUUUGCGCAAGCAAGGUCUCCAGUCCGGCAUCCAGGCCAGCACCAUCCUGGCCUCGGCCCGCUACGCCUACGCCAACACCCCCGACACCGACUCCAAGCUCCGCGCCCAUUAUCUGGCCCUCAUCAUCCGCAGCCGGAACACCUUCAAGCGCAGCGGCACCAUGCAACUCGAGAUGUUCAACGGCGGCACUCAGCUCUUCUUUGACCUGUUUGUUGCCCUUUGCAACCACGUCGACGACAUCUCGAGCGCUGCUAGCACGCCUCGCACUCCUCGCAGCGGCCGUCCCUUCUAG